ACCUGGCCCAGCCCAGAUUUAUUUUUGCCAAACACAGAGUGAGUAGUUAUAAUUAUUCAAUAUGUUUCCACUGACCGAAGAAAACAAGCAUGUGGCCCGAUUGUUGCUCAAUACUGGUACCUGUCCAAGAUGUAUCUUCAGAUUCUGUGGUGUGGAUUUCCAUGAACCUUACAAACUUCCAUAUGAGGAGUUGCUUAAUGAACUACGGAAAUUUCUGGAAACUGAAAAAGAUGAAUUAAUUUUGGAUGUUCUGAACCCACCUCCCAAGAAAAUUCGACUACAAGAACUGGAAGAUAGAACUGAUAAUGUGAAUCAAAAUGGAGAGGGAAGGCUCUCUGUUAUUGAAGAUGGAAGCAUUGCUUCCAAGAACUCAAAUUUAAAUGUUUGCAAUGUAUGCCUAGGAAUUCUUCAAGCAUUCUGUGAAAAAGAUUUUAUUAAAAAGGUGUGUCAAAAGGUUGAGGCCUCUGGGUUUGAAUUCACCAACUUGAUAUUUUCAGUCUCCUUCCCACCACAGCUGUCGGUAAGAGAGCAUGCUGCAUGGUUGCUGGUAAAACAGGAAAUGGGAAAGCAGAGUCUGUCGCUGGGAAGAAAUGAUAUAGUUCAGCUAAAAGAAGCCUACAAAUGGAUAACUCACCCCCUGUUUUCAGAGGAACUGGGUGUUCCCAUUGAUGGAAAGAGCAGACCUUGCCUCAGUCUCUGGAAUGGAUUAAACUUCAGGAAAGAGCUCAACAGGUUUCCAGGUACGAUAUGCCCAGAUUGUUUCAAGCCAGCCAAAAACAAACAGUCGGUAUUCACUAGAAUGGCAGUUAUGAAAGCUUUGAAUAAGAUAAAAGAAGAGGAUUUCUGCAAGCAGUUUCCUUGUCCUCCAAACUCACCAAAGGCUGUAUGCACUGUUCUUGAAAUUGAAUGUGCUCAUGGUGCUGUUUUUGUGGCUGGGAGAUAUAAUAAAUACUCCAGAAAUCUACCACAAACUCCUUGGAUAAUUGAUGGAGAAAGGAAGCUGGAAUCUUCAGUGGAAGAAUUGAUUUCAGAUCAUCUGUUGACAGUAUUCAAAGCAGAGAGUUUUAAUUUUUCAUCCUCUGGAAGAGAAGAUGUAGAUGUGAGAACCUUAGGAAAUGGAAGGCCCUUUGCAAUUGAGCUGGUGAAUCCUCAUAGAGUACAUUUCACUUCACAAGAAAUUAAGGAACUUCAGCAGAAAAUUAAUAAGUCAUCUAACAAAAUCCAAGUACGUGACUUGCAGCUUGUCACAAGAGAGGCAAUAGGACAUAUGAAAGAAGGUGAAGAAGAAAAGACCAAGACCUAUAGUGCCUUAAUAUGGACAAAUAAAGCAAUACAGAAGAAAGACAUUGAAUUCCUAAAUGAUAUAAAGGACUUAAAGAUUGACCAGAAAACUCCUCUACGAGUCCUUCACCGAAGGCCCUUGGCUGUGAGAACUCGUGUCAUUCACUUCAUGGAGACACACUAUGUGGAUGCGCAUCAUUUUCGCCUCUAUCUGAAAACUCAAGCUGGAACCUACAUUAAAGAGUUCGUACAUGGAGACUUUGGGAGAACCAAGCCGAACAUUGGCUCGCUGAUGAAUGUGACUGCAGACAUUCUCGAGCUGGAUGUUGAGUCUGUUGAUGUUGACUGGCCACCUGCUCUGGAUGACUAGCUUUCAAAUCUGGAGGCAAAGAGCAGGG